UUCCAUAAGAUAGACUCCACAGGUAGCACAGGUCUUUCAAGAACGCCAUAUGAGAUAGCAAUAGGAGAGGUCCAAAUUUACAUUCGUUAUCUAACUUUAAAAAGUGUAAUAAUUCGGUUAUCAAGUGGUAUUGCUGGGCACAUGUAGACCAAUUGCUGAAUAAAAUGCCUAGAGGUAGAGGUGGAUUCAAUCCGGGCUACUUCAAAGAGCAUCAUAAAUAUGGGCAAGACGACGAGCCUGGCGGGAGUCAUCCGCAUUCUUAUCAAAAUGUCAAUGCCCAUAAUCCAAAUAGAAAUGUUAUUGACAAGCACAUGCAUUUGGGGGCGCAAAUAGGCAAUCCAAGGCAUGGUGUUAACAUUACUCCCCACAUAGCAUCAGGACCAGAUUCCAAUAGAGUGAUGAAAUUUAUGCCAGAUCCAAGGCUCCAGCCAAAACCUAUUCCAAUUGGUGGUAAUAAAUAUCCCUAUCCUUCUGGUGAGAACCAGAACUUCAGCAUGAAUGAAUCCUUGCCGAAUGACAAAGGAAAAUACCUGAAACCACCACAAUCUGGAAGCUGUCACUCAUCUUCUCCUCAUGUCAAUGCAAACUCACUGAAUUUUGUUACAAGACCCAUGAAAGAAAGAACACCAGAUACUAGAAACAAUGACAGGAGGAUAGCUGAACUUUCAACAGAAGACCGAAUCGGUCAACAGUCCACUUUUGGGAGACAUGAAUCGAUUAUUGUUGGCAACAGUAACCAGCAAGACAUGAAUUUAGAUUCGUUUGUACAUAAUAUUCUCGAUGCAUUGGAUGUAGACUUUGCUUUCAAAGAUCAGUCUCAAACGAAUGAAGUGGAAGACGAGCAGGAAGAAGAAGACUUUCCAACAAAAUACGCUAACUAUCAGAGGUCGUUUGAGGAUUUUGAGCAACAUGCCGUGGCAUUACCUUGUGACCCACGCUUACUUAAACCAACAGCUUUUUCAGCUCAACCAUCUGCGAUGCAAACUGCUCCGCCAAAACGAGAUAAACAGCCAACAGCAAGAGUGAAACCAGAACCUCGGGAGAAAAUAACAGGCCCGGAAAGAGAUAACCUCCGACCUGAAAAUAACCUAAAACAAGCGUUAGAAGACAUUCGUCAGAGGCAGCAAAGUACAGCAACUGUAUCUCCUGCUGCAUCUUCAUAUAACGAUGCCAGCAGACCAAAAGCGGGCAAUAUUACCAAGGGCAAAAAUGCUUCUGAGCGUUCAUCGAAAACAUUGACUCCACCAAACGUCAGAUCAAAUAACCAAGGAAAAAGCCCCCGCCAAAUACCUGAUGUAGGCAAUCAUGCUGAAAUGUCGCGUCGAAAGGUAGUCGAAGAUUCCGGAAGUAGAUAUAGCAAUAGAUCGACGAGAAAUGGUUCUCCAUUUGAUGGGCGUGAUCGAAACUCUGCAGGGAAAUCCAUUCUGGGAAGUCCGGAAUGGCAUCGCCAAGUUCGUAUGGUUGAUAAUCCUGAUGGCGGCAAUAGGGAUUCACGAGAAACAGAAAUGCGUAGAGUAAGGCGGAUAAGUCGAUCGCGAUCCCGAAGCCGAUCUCCACGACGCCCUCAUCGCUACUUUCGAUGUGGUUCUCCGGAACAGCGUCGUUCCCGUAGCCGUUCACCAAUAUCUAAGCGGACCAGACGAAUUUCACCUGAAUAUCCUCAUCGUCGAUGGGGAGCAGGAGGACCAAAACGGAAUUCACGGUCGCCUGUUGGAUCCAAAGACCGAAAACGCGCAACUCCCGACAGCACUCACCGAAAUGUUGUGGGACGUACGGUGAUAAUGCGUAGGAGUCGAUCCAUUUCAAGGUCGCCUUCGCGCUCUUCAUCGCAGCAGCAACAGAACACGAAAUGCUUGAAAGAGCAACCUGAAGGGCCCAAAGAACUUAAGAAAAAACCGCCAAACAACGUUGUAGUCAAUACCCAACAGACCACGCAGUUGUUCACUCGAAAUUACGGCAAUCAAGUUAAUCAUGUUGCUCAUGUUGUUCAGUCAACGCAACAAGUCGCUGCUCCGGUCGACCCAAGAUACAUCGCUCCGCCUACUAGUUUAUCUCAAUCGACUUCCGCCAUUCCAACUGCUAUGGGUUAUUACAAUCAACAGAUUCAACACUGUCAAACGCCAGUGCAGCAGCAGCAGCUAGAUAUGGCAACGUAUCAUCAGCAACAGCUUCAUCAACAACAACUUCACCAACAACAAUUUCACCAACAACUUCUAGUGCAGCAACAAUUUCAACAGCAGCUCUAUCAGCGACAUCUGCAACAAAUAAAUCCAAACUCCGUGUUGCAAAAUGUUGGGCCUUCCCAUUUGUUUCCUGCUAGCCAUCCUGCUGGCUCCGUUCAAAGUCCGAACAUUCCGCCGCCACAACAAACCGUACCUCCUCCAACUCCCCCAUCUACUUCAGCAACAGUUGUACCGACCAACUCCGAAAAAGGAUCUGUCGAGGAACAACGCCUUCAAGUGGUACGCGACGGCCUAUUGGAGAAACAAAUGAAUCUGAUCCAUCAACUUUUGGUUGUUCAAACGCAACAGGCUGACCUGGAAAUGAAACAGAAAACAGCGGAAGAAGCGGAAUACGAAAACUUUUCGUUAAGUAUUCUGGAAAAAGCCAAAUUUGGGAAAGAAAUGAUGGUUAGUGCCCAAGCGUUAGAAAAGAUUAUAUUAAAGCAUACUAAUCAGCUAAAAGAAGAUCUGUACGAAAUCAAAAAGACGCGCUUAAGUAAUCGUUACAACUAUUACGAUCCUCAACAGCAUUGGUGCGAGCUGUGUGACGUCAUAACAGAUAAACUAAACGACUAUCUUAACCAUCUGCAUUCAAAAGAGCACGCGGAGAGAUUGAAAUCAACGGGAGUACCAUCUACGCCGUGGCACAAAAAGAACACCGUAGUUCCAGAGGAAAAAGGAGGAAUCCGAAUUCCGUUCAAUGGAUUGCAAAAUCUUCAGCCAGUUAAGGCAUGGUACUGUGAGCUUUGCGAUGUGUGGAUGGGCGAUCUACAUUGUGCCCAGUUGCAUAUGACAUCUAGCGGUCAUAACGACCAACAUCUCAAGCGCAGCAUGGAACGGCCCGAUUCGGCGCUAACGCAAACGGUAAAGAAACAAGCUGCUUUGCGACGGAAUGCGGCCCGGAAGAAAGAAGAGGAGCGAGCAAAAAUCCGGCAAAAAGAAGUGGACAGGUUAAAAAUGGAGGCUGAGAAGAAAGAAGCGGCAAGAAAAAAGGAAACUGAAAAGCAAGAAAAACAACGCCGUAUUGAACAAAAACGGCAGGAAUUCGUGAGGAAUGAGGAGGCAAAUAACACUCCGGUUGCCGAACUCGAAGGAGAACCUUCCGGAGAAAAGGAUGAGACUAAUAAGCUACAAGCUGAGAGUUCGCAUUCGGCUCGCAUUCGACUCAACAUUCGUACUCCCAUAACGUCUUCCAAAGUGACGGAACAAAAAGAUUCCACUGAGAUCACUUCAUCUAUUACGGAGACAUGUGAUUCUGUCGUAGAAAAAGCUGUUAAUGCUCCGGACGGAACAGCGAAAACAAAUUCGCUUACAAAACCAUUUCCCCUCCGCAAUCCGGUACUCGACAAAGAUUGUACUAAACGGCGAAUCGUUGAGGAAAUUCAAACUGAAACAGCUAUCCUGAAACUAGCUGAGAAACCAAUCAGCUCCAUUGAAGGUUAUGUUAGUGAAGUUGUACAAAAAAAUUCUUUAGCUGUGGCAGACACAUCCAAAGAUGUGCCAGAAAAUUAUAAGUCCACCCAUUCGAAAAAACUAGCAGCUAAUACUGUUGAUGCGUUAUCUAAACACGUUGUUCCUGAGGAAAAAGAUCUUAGCGAUCAAAUGAAUCUCAAACCGGAAACUGUUUGUCAAACGGAUUUUGUUUCAAGUUCUUCAGUAAAUGUUCCAGCGCAGCUAUUACCCAUUAGUCAAACGGAUGCUUGUUGCUCGUCAACAGUACCUGUCUCAAGUGCAGCAGAUGGCAAAGAAGUUAAAUCUAAUCAGAAGCUGAUUGAUGAAAAACUAGUCCAUCAGCUUGAUACAAAUGUUCAAAAGUGUGCAAUCUUUAUCGAAAAAGCAGUUAUGGAAGGCGAUCAGAAGGGAUUCCUGGAUGCCGAAGCAAACGUCGAAAACACCCAAGACUUUAAUGUUCGUACGAUAUCCUUUACCAAAAACUCGAAAAUAUCCGGCCAAAUUUCCGAGCCUGCAACUUGUUCUGAGCAACCUUCCGAUUUGAAUAGGAACGAGAGUGAAGAGAAGACACCUGCAAACGAAGAAAAAGGUAGAUUGCUCCCGAAACUUGAACCAAUUUACCCCGAAGAUCCGACCAAUGAUUGCUGUGUCAUUCUAGAAGUAAAUCCAAAAUUAGACAAAAUUCCAGAGCUUAUAGAUCUCGAGUCGUCUGCUGAAGACUGUAAUCCACCGACCGUCGAUUCACGAAUGAGCCAAAACAGUGAAAACACUGAAAGUGUCGAGGAAAAGUGCGAUAGUUUAUAUGGUAGUGCGAAUCGUUCUUCUACUCCUUGUGGCAUUAGAUUUGGUGAAUUUAUUGUCUUGAGUGAAACACACGAAGAUAGCUGCAUUGAUACCGAUAGUAGUACAAGUGUUAAUUCUUCCUUGGAGACUUCUUCGGGCGAACGACGAGUCGAUGUCAAAGAUGCCCCAGCAGAUGAAGCCUCUACUUCUCAAGUUCCUUAAUUUAGGUGAAAUUAUUUCCAACGAAAGAAAACUUUCAUUUCUGUUUUUCGCUCAUGGCAUUAACAUUUUUUAUAACAUUUAGCUUUGUUGUUAGGCAUCUCAUUUCUGACUCAGGGAUUUCGUGGCUAGUUAAUGGCUGUUAAAGUUUUAGCGCAUGGGCCGAAAUUUAUGUUGCCAUAAUACACGGAAAAAAAAACAAAUAUAAAGC